AUGAACAAAAUUAAUCGGCAAACCCUGGAGGAUAAGAUCCAAUAUGGGAUUGGACUAGCCCUUGCACAAGGAAAUCUUGAGUCCUAUCUGGAAACUUAUCUAGAGCGCGAUAACUCCCCGAAAAUUAGCUGGAUAUCAAGUCUGAUUAAUACUUUUGCACAUGUCCACUCUGGCAAGCUUAAACUUGCAGAUUUCAGGCAAUCCAUUUUAUUACCACUCGAUAUCGAUAUUACUUCCGCAAACGAAAACAACUUGGAUGUUCAGAUUAAGAUACUCUAUCUUGACUCAUUUCCAAAUGUUGACGAUGUUAUCUGUGGAGAAAUAAUUAGGAAGUGUUGGCGUGGCGAUUAUGCGAGUAUGGAAAACGUGAAAGAUGAGGUUCGCCAUUAA